UUCCUUACUUAAAGAGCAUAGACAAAGUUAGAGAGAGAGGGACUUUUUACAAGGAUCGGGAUCGAGGCGAGUCACGAUCCGAUCCACCACUCGGUUGCCGCCGAUUUGAGCGGAGGGACAUGGAGGGAGUGGGGGCCCGACUCGGCCGGUCCUCAACUCGGUACGGUCCGGCCACCGUGUUCAACGGUCCAGUAAGGAAAUGGAAGAAGAAAUGGGUCCACGUAUCGCCAUCCGGUGCCGCCGCCGCCGCCGCGGCCGCCGUGGCCAACAAUCUCUCCCAAACUAACAACGGGACUAACGGUAAUAACGGCUCUCAUCUCCUCCUCUACAAGUGGACCCCAAUCUCCCAAAGCAGCAACAACAGUAACGGCGACAAAAGCUCCGGCAAGGACGCUGCCUCUGCCGUUGCCACCACUGCCGCAACCGAAGAGCCGCCUCGUCGGAGAUUUAAAUAUGUGCCGAUUGCAGUGCUGGAAGAACAGAAAAAUGAGGCUGCAGAGAAGGCUGAUGAUGAAGCUAAACCAAUUGAUACCGACCCAAGUGAGGCAGAGCCAACUUCGAAAAGUAAUGGGUUUGAUGAAAAACCUGACAUUAAUGAUGUGCCAAUGGAAGAAAGCCAGGCAAUUGACAUUGCACAGGUAGCACGGCAAGAUCUGAAUGAAAGUUUGGAUUUGAGCUUGGGCUUGAUGGCCCGUGAUGGUGACCAUGAUUCUGAUUCAAAACCAGAUGGCAAAGAUGGCGAGUUGGAAAGAGUGAACUCGGGCAGUGUUGGAACAUGAAAAGCCGUCAUUAUUGUUCUGGUUAUUUGAUGCAGGGAAUAGGAGAAAGAAAUCGAGCAAGUGGCCUAUUCAUUUGUAUCUGGCCAUAAUGAGGCAAGUGUGUUUGCCUGGCGGACGUAUGUAUUUCUUGUCCUCAUUGAUGCUCCCAUAUUGAGCUGAUUGCAUUUUGUAUCCAUUAUGUUUACAGAAAUAUACAGCAACAUUUAUUGUUCUCCAUUGAAUUUGUUUCUCAUUUUAAUUGGUGUUAUUUCUAAGGGAUUGAACCCUGCUGCAAACCAGGGUGGUGGUUAAAAAUGAAUCAUCUACGUUUUUAUACCAA